ACUAAAUUAUCUGACUCCAUUGGCCUGGGAGUCUUCAGUUUCAUUUUUCUUUAACUUGACCAAGACUUGCUACACCAGAAGUCCGGAGAAGCAGAAAGAGCAAUGGCAAAACAACAGAAGUCUGGUCAUUUGGUGCUUGUUAUGUUUCCAUUUCAAGGCCACAUAACUCCCAUGCUCCAGCUAGCCACUAUCUUACACUCCAAAGGCUAUACAAUCACUAUAGUUCACCCUGAAUUGAACUCUCCAACCCCUUCAAACCACCCUGAAUUCACCUUCAUAUCAAUACCAGAUAAGCUAACGGAAUCCGAGGUCUUAGAUGGAGAUGCUGCCAAUCUCAUGUUGAGUCUCAACAAGAACUGUGCUAUACCGUUACAGCAAUGCAUGAAAAAGAUAUUGCAUCAAAAAGAUUCACAUGAUCAUAUAAUUCAUAUUACCGCCAUCAUCUAUGAUACACUCAUGUUUUGUUCUCAAACUAUUGCUGAUGAUCUGAGGCUGCCUGGGAUAAAUGUGCGUACAAGUUCAGCUGCAACAUUGUUACUCUAUGCUCUGUUUCCUCAUCUUGAUGGGAAAGAUUCUACUUUGGAAAAUGAGAUACCAGAGCUUCAAUCCCUUCAGCUUCAGCACAUUCGUGCAUUACUAUCACAGAAUCCAACAGAUGCGAUGCUAGAGGUGAGAAAUGCAUUCACAGAAGGAGUGAGGAGCUCGUCAGCUGUAAUUGUGAACACAAUGGACUUCCUAGAACAAGCGGCACUGUCAAAGAUCAAAGAACACUUCCCUGCUCCAAUUUUCACCAUAGGGCCACUUCACAAAUUAGCUCCAACCAUUUGCAGCUCAUUAUUAAUAGAAGAUGCUAAAUGUAUCUCUUGGCUUAACAAACAAGCCCCGAAAUCUGUCAUCUACGUAAGCUUUGGUAGCUUGGCCAGCAUCGGUGAGCAAGAACUAAUUGAGACAGCUUGGGGACUAGCUAACAGUAAACAACCCUUCUUGUGGGUGAUUAGGCCUGGUUUGGUUCGUGGUUCGGAAUGGAUUGAGUCAUUGCCAAAUGGAUUCCAGGAGGGUGUGGGAGAAAGAGGUUUCAUUGUGAAAUGGGCACCUCAAAAGGAAGUGUUGGCGCAUGCUGCAGUGGGUGGAUUCUGGAGUCACUGUGGAUGGAAUUCAACCAUUGAGAGUAUUUGUGAAGGGGUACCAAUUCUAUGCAAGCCUUUCUUUGGAGACCAAAACUUGAACUCUAAUUAUAUCUGUAAUGUUUGGAAAGUAGGCCUGCAAUUGCAGAAUAAGUUGGAAAGAGGAAAUAUAGAAGCAGCUAUAAAAAGACUGAUAGUGGAUAUUGAGGGAGAGGAAAUCAGAAAGAAAGCUAUGGAUUUCAAGAAGAAAGCAAGUCUUUGUCUACAGGAGGGCGGAUCAUCAUGCUGUUCUUUCAAUGAAUUAACAAGGCAUAUAUCAUCAGUUUGAAUCAAAGACAUAAAACUAGGAUCCUUGUACCUUCAGUCCAUGGUAUGGCAUCUGUGCCGCUUAUUAUUAAGCUUGGUGGAUAAUAAGCAUAAUGUAGUUCUUUCAAAGGAUUGGCGAAGAAGAAAUUGUCAGUUAUAUUGAAACAUUUUACAUUAGUAGCUAAAACUUUAUAAUACUACAAACAUUUUCUCAACAAUCCCAAAUUAGGCAUAAAUCAAAUUUUAUGUUUUUAACAUAGAAGGCGGCCUCUCAAACGUAAGAAA